UGAGUAACAUGCAAAGUCGCUUUAAAAAUUUGGCUCAAUAUGAACAUACUCAAAAGUCAUUGGAUGAAGUGCGUGCAUUGUUCAUUCAGGAACGUGAGCAAGCAGAAAAGACAGGACCUUUGGAGAAACUGCAAGCAGAACUUUCAGAAAAAAAUAUUCAAUUAAAACUCCUUGAAGAAAGUAAUCAGACAUUGAGAGCUUCAAGUGAACGACUAGAAAAACAAGUUACCACGUCGGAAUCUUCGUUGAAAGAAGCAGAGGAAAAAGUGCAAGCACUAGAUGCACAAAUCAAAAGUCUACAACUCGACCAAGAUAGUUCCACUCAAGAAAUGAAGAUACUCAAAGAAGACAAUGAACGAUGGAAAAACCGAUUCCACACCGUUUUGCAGAAAUAUGGAAUCAGUGAUCCUACCGAAUUGCAACAUUUGAAAGAUAAUUUGAAGUCCACCACGGAAGAUCGUGAUAAACUUAAAGCUGAAAAUGGUAAAUUGCGGAACGAUUUUACUUUAGCAAGGAAACAGUGUGAAAUUAUUAAAAGUCAGGCAGUAAAAAUCAAAAAUAAGCUUGAUCAAACGGAGAAAGAAAAAUCUGCUCUAACGCAAGAUAAAGCAAACUUGGAAAAAGAUAAAGCGACACUUACUCAAGAGCUUACAAAAGAAAAAACCAACCACGAUAAUCUACGGAAAAGAGUGAGUAACAUGCAAAGUCGCUUUAAAAAUUUGGCUCAAGCCGAACAAACGAAGAAAGAACUAGAGGAGUUGAAGCAAAAACAUCAAGAUGUUUCUAAAGAAUUAGAGGAGUUGAAACAACAAGGCUUAGAGUUUACAAAACAAAUCGAAGGGUUAAAGAAAGAAUUACAAGAUGAGAAAGAGAAAACUUCAGAUUAUCUUCGGUACAAGGCACAAGAAUCGAUGUUCUCUAGUAAAAUUAAAAAGUUGGAGACGGAAAAGGCAGAGUUAAAAAAUCAGAUAAAUCAGCUUCAACAACAACAAACAACAUCCCAACAAAAUAUUCCAAAAUCAGACACUGUACCGAAUACAAUGGAAAUAACGUCAUCUUCGCCUCCUCCCACUUUGCCUCCUCCCACUUUAACGCUUCCCGUUUUACCACCUUCCAUUAUACCACCUUCCACUUUGCCUCAAGUAAACAUAACGAAACCCCCUACUGCUUCACAACCAACAUCAACAGCUUUAACGAUUAUUCCGCCUCCAAUAGACGUUUCAGCAACUGCUACUGAGACCAAGGAACUGCCUCAGUCAUCUAAUAACGCAGACGCUAAUGACGGAACGAUAGGUGCUGCUACGUCACCAACUUUAAAACAAGUUGCUGUAAUUGUUCCUUCUGCACCUGCAGUUACACCGAAUGUGCCAAAAGAGAAGCCGCCAGUCAAAUUACAAAGAAAUCGCGUUCCGCUAACUGUAUCGCAAUCACCGAAGAUAACCCCGGUUCAAGUUGUUGUAUCGACACCACCACCAAUAGAGGAACAGCAACUAGUUUCACGUACAUUAGCUACUUCUGAGUCUCAUUCCAGUGAAACGAGUGCCGUCGAAUCUUCCGAACCAGGAAUUGCAAUACAGCCAGCUUCUACUGAGGUUACUAAUAGUUCUCAUGAAAUAGUUGGACGUAAGCGUUCUAGAGAUGAUUCUGAAGAUACAUCAACCGGAAAUGAAGUAAUUGUUGAAAUGCAAGAUGUCCAGACAUCUGAUAAUUCUAAUACUAAUGUUGAGGUUGUACCACAAUCUCCUGUUAAUAAAAACAUUGAAGUGACGGAUAUAUCGGAAUCGGUAGAAAAUAAUAAUCAAGUUGAUACUAAUGAAUCAGUAGAACAACAACAACCAUCUCCUAAAAGAGUUAAAGUAGAAGAUAGUAGUUCAGAUGCUUGA